GCGGGGCCGCGCGGGGAGAAAGACACUGAAAGGCGUCGGCGGCGGGGCGGGGAGCGGCGCGCGCGGGCCGCGGCGGAGCCGGAGGCUGCAAGGAGAGCCCGCGGGGGCCUAAGGGUGUGCGAUUCCUCCGCCCCCGCAAAACAAUGUGCGGUGUGCUCCCGGGCGCAACUUGCCGGAGGCGGCGGGGGCGCGCCGAGCCCGCCUGAGACCGCGCCGCUGACCUCCUCCCCCCGCCGUCCGUUGGGCCCGAGCGCCCAGCUCCUUGCUCCCCAGCUCGCGGGGGCCGGGCCGAUCCGCGGGGCGGGGCCGCCCCUCCGUCGCCGCUGCCUCCUCCCCCACCCCCAGCCGCGGAGGAUGCGGACGGCCCCCGGCGGCGUCUAGCGGCCCCGGGCCCAGGCGCGAUGGUGCAGCAGCGGGGCGCGAGGGCCAAACGGGACGGCGGGCCGCCGCCCCCCGGGCCCGGGCCGGCCGAGGAUGGGGCGCGCGAGCCCGGCUGGUGCAAGACCCCGAGCGGCCACAUCAAGAGGCCGAUGAACGCGUUCAUGGUGUGGUCGCAGCACGAGCGGCGGAAGAUCAUGGACCAGUGGCCCGACAUGCAUAACGCCGAGAUCUCCAAGCGCCUGGGCCGCCGCUGGCAGCUGCUGCAGGACUCGGAGAAGAUCCCGUUCGUGCGGGAGGCGGAGCGGCUGCGCCUGAAGCACAUGGCGGAUUACCCGGACUACAAGUACCGGCCGCGCAAAAAGAGCAAGGGGGCGCCCGCCAAGGCGCGGCCCCGCCCCCCCGGCGGCGGCGGUGGCGGCAGCCGGCUCAAGCCCGGGCCGCAGCUGCCCGGCCGCGGGGGCCGCCGAGCGGCGGGAGGGCCUUUGGGGGGCGGCGCGGCGGCGCCCGAGGACGACGAGGACGACGACGACGAGGAGCUGCUGGAAGUGCGCCUGGUCGAGACCCCCGGGCGGGAGCUAUGGAGGAUGGUCCCGGCGGGACGGGCCGCCCGGGGACAAGCGGAGCGUGCCCAAGGGCCGUCGGGCGAGGGGGCGGCCGCCACCGCCGCCUCCCCGACACCGUCGGAGGACGAGGAGCCGGAGGAAGAGGAGGAGGAGGCGGCAGCGGCGGAGGAAGGCGAAGAGGAGACGGUGGCGUCAGGGGAGGAGCCGCUGGGCUUUCUGUCCAGGCUGCCCCCGGGCCCCGCCGGCCUGGACUGCAGUGCCCUGGACCGCGACCCGGACCUGCCGCCACCAUCGGGCACGUCGCACUUCGAGUUCCCGGACUACUGCACCCCCGAGGUUACCGAGAUGAUCGCAGGGGACUGGCGCCCGUCUAGCAUCGCCGACCUGGUUUUCACCUACUGAGCCCACCGUCAGCGGGGCGCGCAAGCCCCCAAACCAGCUGUUUACAUACAGGAAUCAGGUAUUGGGGCCCCUCGGAGGCCGAGGCUGGCACCCCAUCUCCCGCGCAGCCUCCCCCCUCCUGGACGUGCCCAUCCCCCCUCAAAUCCAGACAUGCCCCUCCCCCGCAGACACACCCCAAGGCAGCCCAACCCCCACCCCUUCCCUGACAUCCAAGCCCCUCCCCACAUUGCCCCCUCCUGCACAGCCACCAGCAGCCAGCCCCCCUCCGAUACACCUCCCAGCCUCUCCUACAGACCUGCACCCCUCCCCCACUUUGCACACGCCCCUCCUCGUGGCCGGAGGACACGCCCCCUCCCUUGCUCCUGAAUCCCUCCUCCUUCGCCCAGCCUGCCUUCUUGGUUAGGGGGGCGAUGCGACUGGGCUGCACCGCGCGCUCCGCCCUUGCCCCGCCCCUCCGCGGGGGAGGGAGGCGCUCUUUUAUCCCCAGAGCGUUAGGGCCCGCCCCCCGCUGGGACCCACCCUCUUCUCGCGCAUGCUUAAUACUCCUUGGGAGGAGGGGGCUGGUGGCAGUCCAGCUUCGCAUCUCCGUCUCCUGCUCCAGGAAGAAGGGGGGCAAGUGUAGGACGAUCCUGAGAAAUCCUUUGAUCUGAAAGCCCAUGGCUUCCUCCCAACCCGACGGGGCGUCACUGCCUUAAUGGGAGGAGCACUUGGAAAUAGGAGAAAGAGACUAGGUGGCUCGGAAGCGUUGGUUUGGGCCUGGAACUCUCCCAAGUGGCAUAGCCCCCUUUCCCUUAUGGGGUCGCCCACAACCCAUGCGCACCGCCUCCCCGACUGCGUGACUGCCUCUACAGCCUAUCUUGGUCCCCAGGAACGUCCCUUCCUUUCCCCCAACUGGAAAUUGGGGGUAGGGUUUUUCUCUGGAAUUCCGUCAGUAGAGGAAGGGGCUGUCCAAGAAAACUCAGAACCAAGACGCCUACCAGUCUUUUUGGGGACAGGGUCUCUGCUGCUCCCUUCCCCUGGAAGUGCCCUAUCACCUCAAGGCACCUUCUCAACCUGGGCCCCUUCCUGUCACCCAAGUCCACCCUCAUUCAGUAUUCAGCGGGACAAACUGAGGUACGUCGGUGCUAAGGGUUUGGGAUUGAGACAUGAUAGCAGAUGGGAUGGCAGGAAGAGUCCAUUGACCGGGCCAGUGAGACUGAUGGGCCGUUUGCACCUCAGUUUUUCCAUGUGAGAAAUGGGCACAGCGCUGUUGUAAGGAGAAAGUUCUGACCAGUUCAGGGUGCCCUUGGGAACCGCCCCUGAUGCUGUUACCCCCCUUACUGCAUCUCCCCACUCGAGCCCCGCCCCUCCGGCCUCCCCACGCCCCCUUUGCCCUCACUACCUGUAUCUCACCGGCGUGGGUUCACCCUCCCGGGUGAUCCACACACUCUCAUUCACACACACAAAUCUCAGGAACAAACGGUCCCCAGAGUCCUCCGGGAUCCCUGCCCAGGGUCUUUGCAGGUCUCUGCCCCACGCGUUCCCGUCGCUGACAAAGCCACCAGCUGCCUCCUUUAAGCUUGGUGCUCCGGCUCUGGGCCUUUCUUGCGCUCUUUCUUUCUCUCUCUCUUUUUUUUUUUUUUUUUUAAGAAAAACAACAACAAAAAGACAAUGAAAAAAACAGAAAACGUCAUGUGAGUGAAGAGAUGUCACUGUCUGUGGUCUUGGAGAACUAGUCUCGUAGCUAAGGGGAGGGUCCCUCCGUCUGGGGCACUGGCACCCACAGCAGGACUUCCGCCAGUCUGAUGCCAGGACUGAAUAAAGUGUAUUUGCCCCGA